ACGUUUCCCACUCUCCCUUCUCGCGCUCUCACCAACUGCAGCAUUCAUUCAUUCAUUCACUCACAGUUGUCGUCACGCCGUAAACGGAAAAAAUGGCAACGGCGAGACGCAGUUUCCCGCCGAUCACCGAAUGCAACGGAACGACGCCGUGCGAUUCCGUCGCCGCCGACCUCGACGGCACGCUCCUCAUCUCCCGCAGCUCAUUCCCGUACUUCAUGCUCGUCGCCGUCGAAGCCGGCAGCCUCCUCCGCGGCCUCCUCCUCCUCCUCUCCGUUCCGUUCAUUAUCUUCUCCUACCUCUUCAUCUCCGAAUCCCUCGGCAUCCAGAUCCUCAUCUUCAUCUCCUUCUCCGGCCUCAAGAUCCGCGACAUCGAACUCGUCUCACGCGCCGUUCUCCCUCGGUUUUAUGCUGCGGACGUGAGGAAGGAGAGCUUCGAGGUGUUCGAGCGGUGCAAGAGGAAGGUCGUGGUGACGGCGAAUCCGACGGUGAUGGUGGAGCCGUUCGUGAAGGACUUUCUCGGCGGAGACAAGGUUCUAGGCACGGAGAUCGAGGUGAAUCCGAAGACGAAGAAGGCAACCGGUUUCGUGAAGAAGCCUGGCGUGCUCGUCGGAAAGUGGAAGCGUCUCGCGGUUUUGAAAGAGUUCGGCGAUGAUGAAUCGCCGGAUGUUGGUCUCGGAGAUCGGAAAACGGACCAUGAUUUCAUGUCUAUUUGCAAGGAGGGUUACAUGGUGCCUCCGAGAAAAUCAGCAAAGGCAGUCCCACAGGAGCGUCUGAAGAGCAGAAUGAUCUUCCACGACGGGCGUUUCGUGCAGAGGCCAGACCCAAUGAAUGCCGUCAUCACCUUCACAUGGCUCCCUUUGGGUUUCGUCCUCUCCAUCAUAAGGGUCUACUUCAACCUCCCUCUCCCAGAACGCAUCGUCCGCUACACCUACGAGAUCCUCGGCAUCAAGCUCGUAAUCCGCGGCCACCGCCCUCCUCCUCCGUCCCCCGGCACCCCUGGCAACCUCUACGUCUGCAACCACCGCACCGCUCUCGACCCCAUCGUCAUCGCCAUCGCCCUCGGCCGCAAGGUCUCCUGCGUCACCUACAGCGUCAGCAAGCUCUCCCGCUUCCUUUCCCCAAUCCCCGCCGUGGCCCUCACCCGCGACCGCGCCGCCGACGCCGCCCGAAUCAAGGAGCUCCUCCAGAGGGGAGACCUCGUCGUCUGCCCUGAGGGCACCACGUGCCGUGAGCCCUUCUUGCUUCGCUUCAGUGCACUCUUCUCUGAGCUCAGCGAUAGGAUCGUGCCCGUUGCUGUUAACUGCAAGCAGAACAUGUUCUUCGGAACCACCGUUCGUGGUGUCAAGUUCUGGGACCCUUACUUCUUCUUCAUGAACCCUAGGCCUGUGUACGAGGUUACCUUCCUUGACCCUUUGCCCGAGGAGAUGUCGUGCAAGGCUGGUGGGAAGACUUCCAUUGAGGUGGCCAACCACGUGCAGAAGGUGGUGGGGGAUGUGUUAGGGUUUGAGUGCACCGGGUUGACCAGGAAGGAUAAGUAUAUGUUUCUGGGUGGGAAUGAUGGGAAGGUGGAAUCUCUUUAUGGGGCCAAGAAGUAGUGAGAUAUAUAUGGUUGAGGGGGUUGCUACUUUGGUUUGAUGGUUAAUUUUGGGACUUGAUUGAUGAUUGAGAUAUAAGAAGAAGAAGAAGAAAAAAUCAAUUUCGUUUUUUCACUAUUAUUGAUCAGUUAAGAUAGAUACAUAGAUCAAAAGGUUAGCUAGUAAGCAGCAAAUAGCAUUUGGUAUUAUUUUUGGUGCACCCUUUUUGAUAUGGGGUUUUGUUAUGGAUUUAAGUGUUUUCAAUAUCACUCAAAUUUUCUAUAUGUGACUUGUUUUUUUGGGAUACUCUAAGGUCUAAACAAGAGUGUAUGUCUAAUAAUAAGGUGAUUUUUGAAGAUUA